GAACUCCUCCCUCCACCUGCCCUGUGGAAUAAAGGCUACUUGUUCCACAAUUACGCAGCAAAUCAUCUCACAAGGAAGGACUUGGAUCAGAGGGGCCAGGAGGCGAGUGAGUCAGACCUUCAAGCAGAGUGUUGGCUACAACUACUAAAGGCCAUGUCUUUAGGGUUGGAGAUAGUGGGCAUCGCCCUGGGAGUAGUCGGCUGGAUAAUUGCCAUCAUAGCCUGUGCUCUGCCCAUGUGGAGAGUGACUGCGUUUAUCGGGGCCAACAUCGUGACGGCGCAGGUCAUCUGGGAAGGUCUGUGGAUGAAUUGCGUGACCCAGAGCACGGGGCAGAUGCAGUGCAAGAUCUACGACUCUAUGCUCGCCCUGCCCCAGGACCUGCAGGCGGCCCGCGCCCUUACCGUCAUCUCCAUCAUCCUCUCCGUCCUGGCCGUGCUCAUCGCCAUCGUUGGCGCCAAGUGCACCAACUGCAUCGAGGAUGAGUCGUCCAAGGCCAAAGUCAUGAUCAUCGCCGGCGUUAUGUUCAUCACCUCCGGGAUCAUGCAGCUCAUCCCUGUGUCCUGGUCGGCCAACACCAUCGUGCAGGACUUCUAUAACCCGCUGCUGACGGACGCCCAGCGGCGGGAGAUCGGCGCCUCCCUCUACCUCGGCUGGGGAGCGGCCGCCCUCUUGGUCUUUGGUGGGGCCAUGCUCUGCUGCUCCUGUCCUCCCAAGGAGAAGAAAUACAACGGCUCCAGGAUGGCGUACUCUGCUCCGCGCUCCACGGCCAGGAGCGGCUAUGACAAGAAAGACUAUGUCUGAUCGACCCCUGCUGUCACCCGCCGUUCCCAUGCCAACCUGCCCAACCGCCGCCGACCCGUCAAUGACUCGUGUCCUGCGGCUUUCGCCCGCGGCUCAGGGCCGAGAAGAGACUCCGAAAUGAAGGGACACUUUGUGCUGCCUGCCUCUGCGCUGUUUCUGGGCAUUGUGCUGGACCCAGGCUGAGCUCAAUACCUCUUAUGCUGGUAAUGCUUUUCAUUUCCAACGUAGAGUGAAAAAAACUAUGUCAAUAUUUAGAGUUUUCUCUCAUUGCAAUUACACAUGUGCUUUUAUCGGUAUCUCUGCACAGUUCAAAUUUGAACUGCUAUAUGUGUGUGUUUGUGUGUGUAUAUAUAUAUAUAUAUAUAUAUAUAUAUAUAUAUAUGGUACAUUUCACUUGAUCUGUUACCAUGUUUUUCCUGCUUUAGUUGCUCAUGCACAUGAUACAUAGUGAUGCUAGUAAGUAAUGUUUUUGUGUGAUUUUACAAUAGUUUCUGCGCGUGCGAAAUGUCACUUUGUUUAAGAGGCGAACACCUUCCAUUCACAAUAGGGAUUUGCGUAUGGAAAAAAAGUGUCUGGGGGGAGGGGGAAGGACACUGAGGUGCAGGUGUGUACCAGUGUGCCCCCACCCACCCCAUUUGGCAAAAAGUGACCAUUUUUACGCGUGACAUGGAUUCGUAGUUUAGGUUAGGAUUUUAUUUUGUGACUGAAGAAAAGGAAAACUUUCAUAUUAUUUCACUCUCCGUAAAUACGCAUAUAUUAUGUAUGUAUAUAUAAACGUGAUAUUUUAUUAUAUUCAGUUUCAUAAAUAUGUAAAUGCAUUUCUCUUCAGGUUUGCCUUUGUGUACUUAACCCAUUGAAAUGCACGUCUCCUGUUGGCAAUCUGUUUAAAUAAACGCAGUACGUACCGUAUUGUUUACGAGGUGGAUUUAGCUUUUUGGUCAUUCGGAGGACGAUGAGGCUGGGUGGUGCUCGGCUUGGGAGGGGAGGGGUAAAGCUGAAUGAAAACAAGCCUUCCGAGGAGGGCGGAGAGUUGCUGUCGCACCCAGCCGCAGUGAGCAGGUAGAACGAAGCUGCCUGUCCCUAGACACUCGCCCAUCACCUGCGUCCUGCAUUUCCAUUGGCCGGAAUCCAUCCUCUCCUGUAAUUGAGACUUUCCAAACCCAUAUGGGCUAUUUGCUAGCAAAUAUAUAUCAGCUUCAUUUAAUGAACCUACACGAUUUCUCUUUAUGACCCAGGAAGACGUUUUUAUUUUCUAAACAAAUGUGAUUCUAUUUAACAAUGAUUUUAAUUUUCUAAGUAAUGAUAACUUCAGUUGAUUUCAAUUACAGUGUUUCUGUUAUUUUUUUUAUUCUCUAAAUGAUUUUGUUGAUUUAAUUUGCAGUGUAUAUCCAAAUUAUAUUUGCAAAAUAAAGAUUAUUUGUUGUAAUUCGAA